AUGUCGGAUGAGGAACGCGAGUUUCAGCCUCGCACAUCGCCACGCAAAAGUUCCAAGGCCGCUGCCAGCAGCGCCACUGCCUCUAAGGCGAAGACCUCUACAUCAAAGAGGAGGAGGGUCGAAAGUCCAGCUGUGUCUGAAGCUCUUAACAUCGGAUCAGAACGAAUCAGAACCCCUAAGGUCAAACAUUCUGCUAAGGUCCAAUACAACUACCCAACAUUGGCCUUCAGGAAUUUUGGUGAUGCUUCAUUGUGUCGUCGUGUCUCACUUGACUACAAGUGUUUUGUUUUCUAUGGCUUUGUUGUUGCCGGGGAAGAAAUUGAAAAUCCGUUUGGCUACGACAAGAAUGAUUUGAGAAUUGAUCAUUUUGUGCGCAAUAUCAUCCAGAAGGAACUUCAUGCUAUUACAGCCACGCCGACCCCAAACCCGAAGAUAUGGGCGUUCUCGAAUGAGAACAAUUUUCUUCAAGAUGAGAAAUAUUCGAAGGACAGCCCGGACAAAAUACUGGCUGCCUGGCUUGAAAAGGGAGAAAAGAAGAUUCAUCACGCUUUGCAUAGGAGAUUAUUAGCAGAGAAGCUAUCAGUGAUUUUGAUGGGAGCUUCCACGAAGUCUUGGUCGCACCUCUACAUCGAGAUCGAUGCAGUUGGUGAAACCGCCAUCCUUUGA